CGUCUCGCCGUCCAAAGACUCGGGGGAUCUGUACGUGGAUCAUCGGGAUGUCGUGACAUCACCCAUCCAAGCUUCCUGCCAGAUCGGGACAUACUCGUAGACAUCCUGAUAUUCUGCGACUUUCACGCUCCUUGACUCCACGACAAUCAGACACACGUUUCCUUUGAAGACUAUUCAGCACCUCCUCACCUGAAGCUCAACAUGGCUUCUGCGGCUAUUCUCGUGAGGCCAUCAAGCUCUUUUGCCGCAUUGAGAUGGAUCGCUCGAACUUCUCCCCGAACAUUGAACCGAGCCUUGUCCACUCUUCCCAGCAACCCUCACAUCUACAUCCACGAACAAUCAGAAGGCGGCCAGAAACACUACCUCUACUCCCUCCUCCCCAACACGCCGCCUAACCCUGCCCUUGCCGCCGGCUCGAGCAAAAGCUACCCUCCCACCCUCGAAAGCUUCGAAGAGAACCACGACUUUCUUGACAUUGUGCAUUUCGUGAUCCAAGAGCACGCAGCGCAUGAUCCAGACGUGCAAGGCCAGGCAGCGACCUACGCCUCGCAAGCCGGCUCCUCUCUCGGCAGCGGCGGCGUCUUCUUCCCCCAACAGCGUCAGCGGCGCAAGAAUAUCACAGGGGGCGGAGGCGGUGCAGGCGGUGAUGGCGCGGGUGGAGCAAGUGCACAGGGUGGAAUGGGAGGUGCGGGAAGAGGAGGCUAUAUCCACGUCAGCGACACGCGUAACCCGCCGGACUUUGGCCGCGUCGCGUGGCCGGAGGACAUUUUUGGCAGUCUAGAGUUGGAUGGGGACGGGAAGUUCGUCGAUGGCACGGGCAGGUAUCAGCGGGCUGGAACAUACAGGAUCAUGACGAAUGAGGGUACGCUUGGAUUGAGCGAUUACUUGAGGAAGAAGUUGAAGGAGCGGUUGACGGAGCUGGAUGCGCAGGCGAGGAAGAAUGGAUAAGUUGGACGAGCUCUGCAUCAAACCAGGAUUCGGGCCCCCAACCAAGUGAUGGGAUGUACCCGGCCGAUCGGAAGUACAACUCGGGACGUAAAGAGUCGCGACAAGAUGAGAUUCCCCGGAGUCCAUCACA